AUGUAUAAAAUAUCGGCGCGUUUUGUGCACAGAUUAAGCAGAAGAGAAUUAUUAACAAAAAUUCUACGUGUUGAUCAUAUUGGUGAAUUAGCUGCUUUACGUAUUUAUGAUGGACAAAAAGCUAUCAUAUCAAGUCAACAUCCGUCCAGACCUGUAAUUGAAGAAAUGCAAGCACAAGAAAAGGAACAUCUCGAUGUAAUGGAGAGACUAUGCGCUAAGCAUAACAUACAACCAACAAUUUUGGCUCCAUUUUUGAGCAUUGCUGCUUAUGCAUUGGGUUCAUUUCUCAUCUUUUAA